CAAACGAUCAAGUUGAACUUCGAAAAAAAAAUAACCAAAAUAAUAAUAAUAAUAAUCGAAUUUGUACUUCAAACAAACUUUUGCGUUGCCAAAACAACAAGUUAAAUCAAACUAAUAUUAUUUUUUUUUCGAACGUGUGUGUGCGAGACAGAGAGAAAAAGAGAGAGAGACAGAGAGAUAUACAAUGUCAAGUGUGGUGUUCAAUGCAAGCGCCGUCGGCAAAAACGCCGCCGAACUAUUUCCCACAACAAUCGGCGGUGCGAGCAAAAUGUAUCGCUAUCAGCAUAUAAUGCCCGCACCCGAGCUGAAGACGGGCUCCAGCUCCAGCUCCGGCGGCGCCUCACUGAUCAAGACGCGCAAAUAUACGCCGCGUGGCAUGGCGCUGGCCAAUGCCUCGAGCGGCAGCAGCAGCAGCAGUAGCAGCAGCUCCUGCUGCUCCACUAGCUCGCCGUACAACGUGGACCAGUCACAGUCGGUGCAACGGCGCAAUGCCCGGGAACGUAAUCGUGUCAAGCAGGUGAACAAUAGCUUUGCCCGACUGCGCCAGCAUAUACCGCAAUCGAUAAUUGCGGAUCUGACCAAGGGCGGCGGCCGUGGGCCGCACAAGAAAAUCUCCAAGGUGGACACGCUGCGCAUCGCUGUCGAGUAUAUACGGCGGCUGCAGGAUCUGGUCGAUGAUCUCAAUGGCGGACCGAGCAGCAACAGCACCGGCAGCUGCAAUAUGGCACAGCUGAAUCUGUGCCUGGACGAGGAGACAUGCAGCAACAGCUCCUCCAUAUCGAGCAGCAGCUCCAGCUUGGGCAGCCAGCAGCUUAACCAUAAUCUCUACUAUAGCAGCUCGCUGCUAACUGCAGCUGCCACGCCCACAGCGCUGCAGCAGCAACAGCAAUUGCAGCGACAACAGUUUCCACAUCAGCCGCUGACGCCCAUCACGCUCAAUGGCAACACGCUGCCGACAGCAGCAACAACAACAACAGCAGCAACAGCAGCAGCAGCGACAACAACAACAACAACAACUGGUGGCUGCCAUUCGCCAACAUCGUCGUUCAAUUCGAGCAUGUCCUUUGACUCGGGCACAUAUGAGGCACAGCCACAGCAGCUAUCGCCGCCCGUGGCGCCCAUGGAUGCCCAGCUGCAGUUGAAGUUCGAGCCGUACGAACAUUUCCAAUUGGACGAGGAGGACUGCACGCCCGACGAUGAGGAAAUCCUCGACUAUAUAUCGCUGUGGCAGGAGCAGUAAGGCCCCCCAAAAAAACACAUAAAAAAAAAACAAACAUCAAUCAUAAUUCCUGCUGUUUGCUUUCUAGUCAAAAUAUUUUGAGUUGAACCAAGUGCCUCAAAUUGUAAAUAGACUCAGUUUCUAGCCUUAAAACAAUUUUUUUU